CUGGUUUGGGGGAGCAUUUGUACAGUUAUUUAGUUACUUACAUGUGAGAGAGAGAGAGAGAGAGAGAGGGGGGAGAGGGUCAGGGAGACAAUAUCUCCAUCUCUCUCUGUCCUGUGACCUGGGAACUGCCCUGAAGAUGGCUUUGCUAUUUGGUGUUGUAUUGGCUAUAACGCUGUGUGUGCACAGGGCACUGUGUAACGAGAUCCUGGGGUUGAAGAUCCCUGUGGACCCGGUGCUGACGGCCAACACCGUCUGCCUGACGCUGUCCAGCCUGACCCGCCGGCAGCUGGAGGUGUGCAUGAAGAACCCGGACGUGACGGCCUCCGCCAUCCAGGGAAUCCAGAUCGCCAUCCACGAGUGCGAGAGUCAGUUCCGCAACCAUCGCUGGAACUGCUCCAGCCUGGAGACCAAGAACAAGAUCCCCUACGACAGUGUGGUCUUCAGCCGAGGAUUCAAGGAGAGCGCCUACGCUUACGCCAUCGCUGCAGCCGGAGUGGUCCACGCGGUGUCUAACGCCUGCAGUUUGGGCAAGUUGAGGGCCUGCGGGUGUGAUGCCCAGCGGAGGGGGGACGAGGAGGCCUUCCGGCUCAAGCUCAACCGUCUCCAACUGGAGGCCCUGAACCGGGGCAAGGGCAUGGUACACGGGGUCCUGGAGCACCCACCUCCCGGGCCCCCAGCCGGCUUCCAGGAGUCCUGGGAGUGGGGGGGCUGCAGCCCCGACAUGGAUUUUGGCGAGCGCUUCUCCCGGGAAUUCCUGGACUCCAGGGAAACCUACAGGGACAUCCACUCGAGGAUGAGGCUUCACAACAACCGGGUGGGGAGGCAGAUGAUCGCUGACAACAUGAAGAGAAAGUGCAAGUGUCACGGCACAUCCGGCAGCUGUCAGCUGAAGACGUGUUGGCAGGUCACCCCCGAGUUCAGGAUAGUGGGAACGCUCCUCAAGCAGAAGUUCUACAACGCCAGCUUGAUCAAAGCCCACAACAGGAACGCGGGGCAAGUGGACAACACCCCCCACCUUCACAGGAGGAGACCCAUGCUCAACGAGCUGGUCUUCUUCGAAGAGUCGCCCAACUUCUGCGAGUGGGAGCCUCGCCUGGACUCGGCGGGCACCAGGGGCAGGAUCUGCAACAAGACCAGCCCUGGGAUGGACAACUGCGAGAGCCUGUGCUGCGGGAGAGGCCACAACAUCCUGCGCCAGACCAGGAGCGAGCGCUGCAACUGCAAAUUCCACUGGUGUUGUUACGUGGCUUGUGAGGAGUGCAGGGUGACGGAGUGGGUCAGUGUUUGCAAAUGA